GCCACGGCAAGGACAGAAAAGGGGUGCUUGUAUGCAUCGGAUGUGGUGGAACAGACUAAUGAGAUCCACACACCUUCUAGACUUUAUCCCACUGAUGUUGGUGGAGAUGUGGGUGGUCACUUGUCACAGUGGACAGAGUAUGAGCCCUGAAGAAUUGGAUUUGAGGCUUACUGGUGCAGGCCGCAGAUGUUCUGGGUGGCUGGAGGUGCUUCAUGCGGCCAAAUGGAAGAGAAUUGACAGCAGAAAUUUUACGCAGCAGAAUGCAGAACUUGCCUGUAGACAACUUGGUUGCCAUUUCCCCUUCGGGAUUUUGCAACCAUAUGCUGAAAACUCAGAGAAGCACGAGACUUGCCUGAUGACCUGCCGAGGGAAUGAGACCUCUCUCAAGCGCUGCAUAGCCUGUGAUUCCCAUGAUUUCUUCUCUCUGGAUGUGUUCCUAGUUUGUCAAGCUCCUGUUCAAACCACGCCUGUAUUCCAGACUACAACAGCACCGCUGGUGACCUCUUCAAAGCCCUUUGAUCAUCCAAGGAUAAAGCUCGAAGAAGGAACCUCCUUGUGCUCAACUUUUGAGCCAGAUGUUGAAGGCUACAAGAAAAUGCUUUGCCUGAGUUUACAAAGAUGGUGGAAUAGGCUGGUACCCAGGGUCUGCCAGGGGGCAAACUGUGAAAAUGCAGGACACAAGGAUCAGAACAGGGAAAAGUCUCUGCACCACUGGGAGAAGCUGCAGUGUGAGAAAAGGAAUCUUAAUGUGGAUUGCUCAGGAAGCAUUCAGGAGUGCUUGAACCUAACCCUGGUUAGAUGCUCAGAUCGAGAUUUGAAGUCCCACAAAUCCAAUUCAGAGACAGUCUUGGGAAUUCUACUUGGUCUUGUUCUUACUGCUGCUCUUCUGAGUAUCUGUGUUCUUCCUACCUACAAAAAAAUUAUGAAAAAAUGUUCCAAGAAGAGGCAGCAACAAUGGAUUGGCCCAAGUGGGGUGAACCAAAAUGUUUCAUUCCAUCGCAAGAGCUCUACUGCCUUCCAGACACGUCCCGAAAGCCAGGUUGUUCAGGAAGAGGAGAAUAAAGCCUCCAAGAAAACUUUCCUCUCACCUUAUGCAGCUCUGGAAGGGGCAACCAACAGAUCUCCCAGCCCUUUUGAUAACUCCUCUGACAGUGAUUAUGAUUUAAGUUCUACGCAGCAGCUGUAAACUCUGCGAAGUAUGGAUGAUGCUCCUUCCCAUUCGCCUGCAAUAUAGUGGUUAAGGUGGCAUUGGAGUGACCUAGGUUCCAGUCCAUCCUCAGCUCACUGGAUGACUUCAGGCCAGCCACUCUCUCCCAAGAUUAACCUACCUCACAGGGUUGUUGUGGGGAAAAACUGGAGGAGAAUGUAAUAUGUACAGUUUGAGCUUCUGAACAAAAGGCCCAAUAUAAAUCUAAUAAAUUAAUAAAUGAAUAUCCUUUGAAUAGUAAAUUCCAGGAACUUUAUCACUGCAAUAAAUUUAAAGCAUUUUUUUUUAAAGGAAGGCAAUUGGCAUUUGUAAUACAGAUCUUGGAUAGAUGAUGUGUUUUCCCUCAGCUUAUGAACUGGCUCUUUAUCAACAAAAUGGAAAGAUGGAUCAAUAGUUUUCCAUAUGGUCAAUAUUUAAUAUUUUGCUUAAAAACAAAGCUGACUUUUUCCCUUUUCCCUUUGCUUUUCUUUUUCUUCUGUACUAAAAUUUUAAAAAUUGUAAUUUCUUAGACAUAUGUGGAAGACAAAAACCGUCGUUUUAAAGCAAAUCAUCUUUUAAAUUAUAUUAAUUGUAGUACACUUCAGUAUGAAUUCAUAGAGUUUAUGUUCUCCUUUGCAGGUAUAAAAAAGUUCAGUAAAAGAAAAAACAGGUUUUAGGGGAGGAGGGAUUUUAUUGUCCAACAUGAAAUGCUUCAUCUCUGGAACAUGUACAUUUUCUCUGUCUCCACAGUGAUGUGAUAGCAAAACCAGUCCACCAACGUCUCCAUACACUGAGCAUUAGGAUGUCUUUCCCAGCCAGUUAUGUUGAAUUUCAACUCCCAUAAGCCUCAGCCCAUGAAAGAUACACUGAUGGAGAUUGAGAUCUCUCCAUUUCUGUCACUGAAAACCAAUUUGGAUUACAGACCACUGUAGGAUUAGCAUCCUACCUGGCCACCCAAAAAAAGGCUAUGCAAUCUCUGGCAAGUGAAAUAAGGAAGAUUUCUGUGUCAAUUAAAAUUUCAAGUGGGUACAGUAUAUACGAAGCAGCCCUAUGUACAGAAACAUGGACACACAGUGUACCACUUUACUGAGAUAUUGAAUUAGAAAGAGUAAGUCAGAAUAGCUAGUAUUAUUUAACAAAUCAAAGUUCCCUUUUUAGGAUGUAUGCCAAAAUAACUACUUGUAAGAUUAUAAAUCUAUGUAUUAUAAAUAUGCUGCAAUUAAAUAAAUAUUGAAGCUAGUUGGUGAGUGCUUUAAUAAUUGUUAGAUCUACUGAAUUGUCUUCAAGCAAUACUGUAAUUUAAUUUGAAGUUUUUUACUAUUGUUUAUAACUUUGGAAAAAAUAGAAGUGGAGGGGAGAACUAUGCAGUCAACAUUCACAUACUGUAGCACAGACAACAUCCAUUCUUUAUUCGAUUAUUGAUAAAUUGGUCCAUUGUUCCAAUCUUCACAUCUGGUUCACAGCUGAUCUCUCAUAUGGAUCAAUGCUGUGUUAUCCACCUGUUUACAUAGCUAUACAUUUCAGAGAUAAGUUAAAUAUGUAACUAUCACCCUUGUUCACUGUCUUUGGAGAAAGUGGGGAAGCUCCUCUAACCAGAUAUUAUUUUUUGGAGGGUCAAAUGAUUAUAUCAGACAUUUUCAACCAAAUAGUUCUACAGUUGGAAGGGCAAGUUUUUUUUAAGGAUGUAGAAGCUCUCUCUUUGUUUGGCCAGUAGUUCAUAAAUGGCCUACAAGUCUUUGCUUUGGUGAGCUACAGCUCACCUAAUCAGCUGAAAUAACAAGACGGACAAAUACAGAUAUGCAAAUUUUCAUCUGAU